UGCCAACUUAAUGCCAACAACUAACCAUUUUCAAAUUCUGUGUUAGAAAAAUGGGAAAUGAUGGAGGUUCUUUACCAACCCGAAAUGAACUAGUCAAUGAACCACCCAAAACACGUCCACUCGACAUUGAUUUGAAGCGUUCUUUAAAGCAGUCAGAAAUUACUCAAUGCUCAAUAACAGGUGAUCCUUUGUCACCUCCUAUUGCCUCCUGUGGUCUUGGAAGGUUAUAUAACAAAGCGACGAUACUGCAAAUGCUUUUAGAUCGUAGCAGCGUUCCUGAAGCGCCUAGCCAUAUCCAGUCACUGAAAGACGUUGUGGAUGUUCAUGUUGACCAAGACAAUGACAAAAAAGUAUUAUGGGUAUGCCCCAUCACAAGACAUGAAAUGUCAAGCGCCUAUCAAUUUGCUUAUAUCGUUCCCUGUGGCCAUGCCUUUGAAUAUUCUGCUGUAAAAGAAUUCGGGGAAAAGAAUUGCUUUCAGUGUAAUACUCCUUAUGAACAAGAAAAUAUAAUUCCUAUCAAUCCCAAUCCCGAACAAAUACAAAGUUUAAGUAAACGUUUACUUACACUUACGAAGUCCGGAAAAUCCCAUAGCCUUAGGAAGUCAUCGAAGAAGCACAAGAAUCCAGAUAAAAAAAGGAAACAUUUAAAAGAAUCAGAAGAGGUUCCUUCUCUUACAUUUGUGGAUUCAGAAUCUUCGCCGAAGAAAAAAAUCAAAUCUGAUAUUGAAGGCAAUCCAAAGUCCGAGUCCAGCACGAAAGAGCGGAUUAAGGUCUAACAUCCUCACUGAAAAUAUAAGCAGAUACCUAUCUCAAACAGUAUUUAUUACAUUUAAUGCAUAUACUACUUGGAAACGGAUAUUGAAUUUACUAAUACAAAUUUUUGACGCAUUUGGCAGACAAUCCUG